UUGCGUAUAUAGCGCGGAAAUCUUUUGGGUGUCGCCGUGCUCGAGAAGUAUUAUCCAUCCACACGUGCCCAAGCGCCUCAUCGCCGUCUAUACAGAUUUCUCCAUCCUUCGCCAUCGUCCCCAUCCUUCGCCAUCGUCCUCAUCCUUCCUUCCCAUUUCCCACCAACACCAACACCGCCAUCACUACCACCACCACCGCCACCACCAUCACCACCGCCCAAAAUGGUCAACCACCUGGAAUUCGGCUACGACGUUGCCGCGCGCACGAUGACGCUCCUCGGGCGGGAAUACAGCUUGGCGACGCUGCUGCGCACGAUCACCUUCCUCGGCGCGUACCUCCUGCUGCGACCAUACAUGCUGAAGUUGUCCGCGAAAUUUCAAGCAUUGGACCACGACCGCGAGGUUGGCGACGACGCGGACGGCGACUCGAUGGCCGCCACGGGCAAGACGGCGCUGCGGCCGGACGAGAUGGACAGUGAUGGCGAGGAAACGGGGUGGGGCGCGAAGGCGCGCCGCCGCGCCAGGGAAGAGAUGAAGAGGCUCGAGGAGGAGGAGGGGAAGGCGGAGGAGGACGAGGACGAGCAGCUCAAUGCUCUGUUGGAAGAUUGAGUGGAUGGGUAAUGGCCCGGUGGAUGCGACUACGCGUGUAAUAAUAAUAUGAGGGAUGACGCAACGGAGGAUUGUCGUGGCCACUGUUCGGUCCGUCGAAUGGCCGUGCCGUUUUUUUGGGCUUUCUGUUCUGCGACAUCCUAUUGCUUACCGAAAUGUGUACAUACCACAUGCAUAGAAUAUUUCAUUAACUUGACAGAUUGCUCAAACUGGUUGCCAGUCAC